AUGUCGCAUGCCCUACAGUCGUUUCCAAGCACUGGCUUUGAGUUGAUUGAUCACUCUGAAAAGAUUGAAGAGGAGACACUGCCUACUUACCAGGUAGAAAAUGAAUCCAAAUACGCGGUACUAAAAGUUUAUGUCUCUGGUGAGCAUGUACAGAGGAACCGUGAAAUUAACAUCUACAACCGCAUCAAUUCAGUGCAAACAACCCAUCUAGGCAAAUCCUUCAUCCACAAGUUAUUAGGGCACUUCUACAUCGAAGGUCCUCAUGGUCGUCGUCAUAUCUGCCUUGUCCACCAACCUCUUGGGCUUAGUGUGGAGCAAUUCCUAUCUUUUUUCCCCGAGAGAGUCCUGAGUAUUGAAGAUCUGAAGCCUUGUCUUAGGCAGAUCCUAGGGGUUCUGGAUUUCCUCCAUGCUGAGGCUCGUAUCAUUCAUACAGAUGAUCCACAGAUAUUCUCAUCCAUUGAAGAGGCAGAAAUCGAAGAACCAUCGCCUAGAAAAAUACUCGAUGACGGUCGAACAAUAUACUUGAGCAGACUACCUCUUCCAAGCAAUGGGUUACCACUGCUCAGUGACUUUGGUGAAGCCCGAUUUGGUGAUGAGGAACAUAAUGAGGAUAUUAUGCCAAACGUGUAUAGGGAAAAAAAAAAUGUCAACCAUCUUCUCCGUGAUUCUGUGAUUUCCCCAUACGUACGGAUCGGUGAAGAAUAUCCUGUUGAAGAUCUCCGGACUGCAUCUGAUUCUCCAAUGGUCGAGGAUUCUCGACAAGGGUAUUUCGCUGCCGUUCUCGAAACCAUCAUCUGCCAGGAUGGCAUUUAG